UGCGCGCACGAGCCUCAGACCGACUGGCUCCGGGCUCCUCAGGAAAGAAGUGUGUCCCUCAGAUCAGGAAGUAGAAAUCUGUGCCGAGAUCCUCGAGCGAACUCAUCCAAACCGAAAGCGUCAGAGGCGCCCCGCUUUACUCGGCGUGUGACAAACCGACGGAUGGAUGUCAUGCAGCCUGUUUCUGAAGAGGCGCUUUGUUUUCUCUCCGGUCCGUGAAGACGUCUUCGAAGGACGCCGCAGCUUGCGGCCUGAAAGAUGUCGUCGUACUGGUACGUCACAGAGAGCCCGGGUCCCGGCGGCGGCAUGGAGGAGCAGGCUGGCGUUCCAGAGAUGGGAGCCAAGCAGUCGGCCGUUGGCAGCGUUCCCUUGAGUCGUUCUCCCACCCUGACGAACAUCCAAGAGGCCUAUACACGAGCCGAGGACCACAGGGCACGUGAGCUAAUCCGGCUUUCCUGCGAGAAUAACUGCGGAGGAGGACCCGAUGGGCUGCAGCUGCUGUGUUUGGCGGCUCAGAACGGUGACGUGGACGGCGUUCGGUUCUUGCUGCAGGAAGCACGGGUCACGGUUCCUCAGGACCCCAGCCAAGACAACCCCGCCGUCCUAGCAGCACAUCACGGACAUCAUGCGCUGGUCCGGGAGCUGCUGGACUCCAUCCCACGUCCGUGCGUGCGUAAGGAUCUGCUGAACUGGAUGCUGGCUACGGCGUGCCAGCAGGGUCAUCUGGAGGUGGUGAAGCUGCUGGUGCUCACGUACAAUGCUGACGCCGAGGACUGCGCGGUUCAUUCGGGAGAGUUUGCCGUCAUCACCGGCCUGCCGCUGUACGCCGCUGCGCAGGCAGGGAACGAGGAGGUGGCGUGUUUUCUGCUGAACAAUGGAGCGGGUUUCUCCUCGUACACGCUGAUGGAUCACGCAGACUUCAGCAGGCAGCUGCUCCGAGAGCGCCACCUUCAGGACAGAGACGCCCCUGUGGACGAGACCCCGCCGCAGGCCACGCGGGUGGACUGGUCGGGGAUGAAGCUGCCCUGGCUGGAUCUGGACUGGUUCAUGGACGUGUCGUCUCGGAUCACGGCUCUGGAUCUGUCUCGUAACUGUCUGAGCUCGCUGCCGUCCGUGGUGCCCUGGGGCCUGAUCCAUCUGCGCUCGCUGAACCUGUGCCACAAUCAGCUGCGGGAGCUGCCCACCCCGACCUCGUCGCAGGAGAUCAUCUGCAGCCGAUUAUCUGACGUGAACGUCUCUGAGAACGAGCUGGAGUGUCUUCCUCUCGGCCUGCUUCACCUCGGCCAGCUGAAGAGGAUUUCUGCAGCUAGAAACAAACUCAUCAGCCUCUUUAACAUCCCCCAUGGCACCAACUGGAUCGGUCUCCGUAAGCUGCAGGAGCUGGACGUGUCCGACAACAUCCUGACAGAGCUGCCCUCGUCCGUCCUGCACUGCCUGAAGACCCUCAGCUCUCUGAACAUCAGCAGAAACCAGCUGAGCGCCUUCCCCGACCCCUGGGCCUGUCCUCUGAAAAUCUGCAAAGCUUCAAACAACCAGAUCGAGCUUCUUCCUGACACCAUCUCCAUCUUCUGGAAGACUCACCUGAGGGAGGUGGACAUCUCCGAGAACGUCCUGAAGGAGCUGCCCUCGUACAUAUUUGAGCUGGAGGCCAUCGUCUCUCUGAAGUUGUGUGGGAACCAAAUCUCAACCCUGCCUGCUCCAAACAAAUGGAAAUGCUCUUGUCUGAGAACACUAGACCUGUCCAGAAACCAGCUGGGGAAGACGGGAGAGCCGACCAAAACCAGGAAGCUGGCGUUCUUCACUACGUGGCACAGACGGGACCCAGAGCCAGUUUGUCCCAUUCAGUUUCCUGUACUCCUGCGGGAUUCUCUGGAAGUUCUCUUCCUGAAUGACAACCAGCUGGAGUGUGUGCUGCCGUCGGUGUGUGUCCUCAAGAACCUCUCCGAACUCUAUCUGUCCAAUAACCCAGGUAUCCAGGAGCUUCCCGUUGAGCUCGGGCAGCUCUCCAACCUCUGGCAGCUGGACAUCGAAGACCUGAACAUCUCCAACGUCCCCGCAGACGUCAGGAAAGACGGUUCGGCGGCGGUUCUGGCGUAUCUGCGAGCGGAGCUGCGAGGAGCGGAGCCCUGCAGGCUGCUGAAGCUGAUGGUGGUGGGUCCUCCACGGCAGGGGAAGAGCGCUCUGCUCGAGGGGCUUCAGACGGGAAGACCCUCCUCCUUCAACAGCACCGACCGCAGCAUACACACCAGCAGCUGGGAGCUGGAGCGGCCCGGAGGAGUGCUGAAGUCCGCUCUCGACUCGGUGUCCUUUAACGCGUGGGACAUCGGCGGCCCGGCCAGCAUGUCGACGGUGAACCAGUGUUUCUUCACGGAUAAGGCUCUGUACAUGGUGAUCUGGAAUCUGGCUUUGGGAGAGGAAGCAGUGGCCAACCUACAGUCCUGGCUGCUCAACAUCGAGGCUCGCGCCCCUAACUCUGCAGUCAUCGUCAUCGGGACACAUCUGGACCUCAUAGACACUAAGUUUCGAACGGAGCGCGUCGCAACACUGAGGGCCUACAUCCUGGCGCUUUGCAGAACGCCCUCAGGAGCACGGGCCAGUGGAUACCCCGACAUCACCUGGAAACACUUACAUGAGGUGUCGUGUAAGACGCUCGAAGGCAUGGACGGACUCAAGAGGCUGCUGUUUCAGGUCACUUGCUCCAUGAAGGACGUCAGCAACCCUGCUAGCUGUCACAAACUCGUGGGAAGACUGAUCCCCAAAAGCUACCUGACCCUGCAGGAGGCCAUAAAAGCAGAGCGUCUGAGGAGAGACGAAGCCGAUGAGGUUCAGUACCUGACCGACUCAGAACUGGAGCAGAUCAUCGAGCAGAGUCCCGCCAGCGAUAUCAAAGACUAUGAGGAUCUGCAGACCGCGAUCAGUUUCCUCAUCGAGACCGGCACUAUCCUGCAUUUCUCGGACACCAGUCAUGGCCUGUGUAAGCUCUACUUCCUGGACGCCGUGUGGCUGUCCGAGUGUCUGGAGCGGAUCAUCAAUCUCAGGGGCUCGCGCUCAGUCGCCAGGAACGGGGUCAUCAAGGCCGAGGACCUGCGCAUGCUGCUGGUGGGCACCGGCUUCACCCAGCAGACUGAAGAACAGUACUUCCAGUUCCUGGCCAAGUUCGAGAUCGCUCUGCCAGUCGCCAGCACUAAUCUGACCUUGCCCCACCUUCUGCAGACUGGCUUUGAAUCAUUGCACAAGCCCAGUUUGGUGACAGCGCCACCUAUCGGCCUGAUUGUAUCUGUCGCAGGAACUUUGUGUAUUUCCUCGGUCACACUUUGUGCUACUUUGGAGCAGUUUUGCACAUGGCAUUGUUUGUUUUCGCUUUUCCUCUUUCAGUGUUGGUUGAAUCUUCACCAAAAUUGGUUCAGGUCAGACACAGACAAAGACAAAACCACACAAAUACAAUUACUGGAUUUUAUUCUCCAGAAAAGCCUUAACAGUUUUGCUGGCGAAGACACCAAACAGGAAGCGUUCGAGACCAAAAAGCCCACAAAGAACCAGAGGAACCGCAGUGCGGUGAUCUACAGCUUUACGGGGAACCAGCAGCGCAAUCGCUGCAGCACUUUCCGUGUCCGGCGCAGUCAGACCAUCUACUGGAAAGAAGGGCUGCUCGUCACCUUUGACGGAGGUUAUCUGAGCGUGGAGUCGUCCGACCUGAACUGGAAGAAGAAGAAAAGCGGAGGCAUCAAGAUCAUCUGCCAAUCAGAGACCAGGGAUUUCUCAGCGAUGGCUUUCAUCACGGAUCACGUCAACGCUCUCAUAGAGCAGUGGUUUCCUGCUCUGACAGGCAGCGAGAGCGACGGCUCUCGUCUCAUUGAGCAGUAUGCUCCCUGUCCGUACUGCAGCUCUGGACCCCGGCUGUCCGAUCCGCUGCCUCUGUCCGGCUCCGGCCACAGCGCCGUCCACUUCUUCAACAUGGAGGACUGCGUGCUGGCAGCCGUGGACAAGGAGCACAUCGUCUGCCCCAACCACCCCAAACAGCCCGUCCCGCUACAGGAGCUGGUGCCCGAGCUGUUCAUGACCGACUUCCCUUCACGUCUGUUCCUGCUGAAGAGCGACCUGCAGUGGACCGAAGAUGCAGCAGAUAUCCUGGGGCAGGGCGGCAGCGGCACCAUCAUCUACAGAGCCUCAUACAGAGGCCAUCCGGUGGCCAUUAAACGCUUUCACUUCAAGAAAUGCAAGCAGCAGUCGCUCAACAGCAGCACGGACACCAUGAUGAAGCACCUGCAGUCGAUGGACGCGGCCCGCAGCUUCUCGGAGUUUCGUCAGGAGGCCAGCAUGCUCCACUCCCUGCAGCACCCUUGCAUCGUGGCUCUGGUGGGCAUCAGCAUCCACCCGCUCUGCUUCGCCCUGCAGCUGGCGCCGCUGGGCAGCCUCAACACCAUCCUGGAGGAGCGAGCCAAAGGUUCUCAGUACGUGCCGCUGGGUCACAUGCUCACCUUCAAAGUGGCCUAUCAGAUCGUGACGGGCCUGGCGUAUCUGCACAAGAAGAACAUCAUCUUCUGUGACCUCAAGUCCGACAACAUCCUGGUGUGGUCUCUGGAGCUGGAGGAGUCCGUCAACGUCAAGCUGUCCGACUACGGCAUCUCGCGCCAGUCCUUCCACGAGGGAGCGCUGGGGGUCGAGGGCACGCCGGGGUACCAGGCCCCCGAGAUCCGACCCGGCAUCGUCUACGAUGAGAAGGUGGACAUGUUCUCGUACGGCAUGGUCCUGUACGAGCUGCUGUCGGGCCGCAGGCCGUGCAUGGGUCAGCACCAGCUGCAGAUCGCCAAGAAGCUGUCGAAAGGGCUCAGGCCGGCGCUGGGCGGCCCGGAGGAGGUCCAGUUCCACUGCCUGCACGCGCUGAUGCAGGACUGCUGGGACACCAAACCGGAGAAGCGUCCUCUGGCCUCUCCUCUGGUGAGACGGAUGCAGGACCCCAGCUUCGCUUGUCUCCGGUACCUGCUGCCCUGCCACGAGCACAGCCAGCUCUUCUUGUCUCCGCUGCAGGGACACAACGCCGUCUUCUGGGAUGGAGACAAAGACGACAGGAAUUACACAGUGGUAAACCUGGCCAAGGGGCAGGUGGAGGUGAAGCGGAUGCCGUGUCCAGGAACACGUCUGAGCUGUCAGAUGAAGAUGGAGAACAGUCUGUGGACGGCCACCGAGGAACAGGAAGUCUUUAUCUACAGCCUGAAAGAGAUGUGUCCCCUGAGUCAGCCGCAGAAACUGCUCUCCUGUCCGUCGGUGGUAACCUGCCUCUUUUUACUGCCCGCCAGGAAAGAGACUCUCCCGCAGGUGUAUGCUGGGAUGUCUGACGGUCUGGUGGUGGUGUACUCUCUGGUGGACGACGUGCCCGUGGAAGGAGAGACCUACAUCUGCUCGCACACCAUCAACAAGCGCCUGCUGAACAUGGAGGACUCGGACCCCCGUCAGCGGCCGUACGCGGUGCGCAGCAUCGUCCCGGUGCGCAGCGGCUCCGAGGUGUGGUACACCAACGGCCCGGGCGUGCUGGUCAUCGACAGCCUGACCCUGCAGCCCGUCCGCCGCCUCGAGCCGUACCUGCCCCCGUCCUGCGUCACCUGCAUGGUGUCCUCGGCCAGCUGCUGGAGCCACGAGGCCGUGUGGUGCCUGGACGAUCACACCAACACGCUGCUCAUGUAUCACGCCGCCAGCUACCAGGUCUGCGCUAGCUACAGCUGCAGCGACGCCAGCCCGCUGCGGGACGUCUUCCCCGUGCAGAGGCCGCCCGGGGCCGUGACCCCCGUGAGCUCCGAUCCCGUCGCCGUCGACGACGAGUCUCCUCCGGCCGCCCCGGAGCCUCUGCGGGUGACGGUCACGCACAGCGACGACGCGGGGACGCAGAUCCUGUGCCAGCAGGACUCUCUGGAUUACUGCUCCAUGACGUCCUCCGGCUUCAGCUCGGAGCAGCUGGACCGGAUCGGAGACUUCCCCCACGUCGAUCGCUCCAGUUCGGGAGCCCUCAGCUCUCUGGCCAGCUCCAGCAGCAUGCUUUUAUCCGCGGACUUCGAGGAGGCCGACAGGCCGGACGAGCCGCUUUCACCCGAAGCGUUUCCGUCUAGGAGCGACACGGAUCCAGAGCUAGCGUCUCUAAGUCAUACGCCGGAGCAGCUGAAGGCCUUGAACAUCAUUCCAGUCAACAGCACUAUCUGGGUGCCCAGGCGUGGAGGAGACAUCAUGGUGAUCGAGGUGCAGGAGCAGGCCGGAGCGCUCCGGGGCCGGGUGAUCGCCGUCUUGAAGGCUCCCGGAGCGUCCGAGCACGGGACCCUGGCGGAGGCGGCGCUCGUCGCAAAGGACACCGUUGUGUGCGGCUUCCGUAAAGAAAACAUGGCCUGGUGCCUGUCUGUCUGGAGGAGCUGGGGAGGCCGCGAGCUCGAGCUCUUCUACCAGGGCUACGAGGAGCUCGGCCGCUUGGAGAGCAGUCUGAGGAAAAGAAGAGAAUCUGCUCUGACCCGAAGAACUCAUUCACAGACUACAAGCAGAUAUCUGUAAUAUCAGUGUCUUGGGUUUAUUGUAGAAAGCGGUUUCCACCACAGAAUAAAACGGUAAUGAUGGCAAA